UGCGACUCCACCUUCCAAUCAGCCGUCACAAUCACGAAGAAGAGGAGAGGGAGAGAGCGCUCCAUUAGCACUGCUCGACCGGCUGGACGAGGGCUACCGCUUCUUGGGCGCUAGGAUCGUCACCAUCCGCAGCAGCUUCAGCGACUUUACUGCCUCAGUACGCGUCGUCCUUCUCUGUCGCUGCCAGUGUCAAAAGCUCCAUGGACGAGGAUAAGCGCCACUAUCCGCUCUCGGCGCGCUCUAACACCGCGUACAACAAUUUGAACCUGUCAGCGCGCUCCCGGCAAAUAAUGCAGGCCGGAGGCAAUGCCGGUAGCCGCUUCCCGGCUACAGAGCGUACCAGACAGAUGAAUCUCAGCCAGGUCUCGACCAUUAGCUCCGCUACGGGCUUCGAGGAGAUGAGUCGCGUGUCCCGUUACUCGUCGGCGUCCUCAGCAUCUUCUGCUUUCUCGGCCACAUCAUCGUCCGUCUCGUCGUACGGAGGGGGUGAUCGUUGGGCGCCUCAACACGCCUCCAACUCGUGUAACUUGUGUCGCGAAAAGUUCUCGCUGCUGCGACGCUCACAUCGCUGUCGACGCUGUGGCUACCUAUUCUGUGCCAAGUGUUCCAGGUUCAAGGCGGCGCUAACAGGCCACACGCACAAGUCCAGACUCUGUGAGACGUGCUUCCCCAAGGUUCUGUCCGGCAGCAAACCGCCUAUGAACGCCUUUGUGCACUCCAAGGCGUGGGUGCCUCGUGGCGUCUUCACGCACAUGCUGAGCUAUUUGAACCACGUGGAUCUGUGUCUGGCCUCAAUGACCUGUCGAUUCUGGUACAAGCGAGCGCUGCUGGACAUCACGUGGCGUCCUUUAUACAUCAAAGAGUUCGGAGACGACGAGAGCAGUCCCCAGCGGGAGUCUCUAGUGGCAUUCCAGCGUGACGUGAAUGGUAUUGGCUUCGAAAACUUGUCCUGGUAUAACAAGUUCGCUAUCCGCUGGUCAGCACGCAAAGCUGCGGAGAAGAAGAAGAGCUUCUUGGUCAUGUCCAGUCUUCUGGCGUCGCUCAAGCUCAGUAAAUAUGCGGCACUGUUUGAAGCAGAGGAGAUUGACAUUGAAUCGCUGUGUCUGAUGAACGCUGGUCACCUGCGUGACCUCGGUAUCCCAUUUGGACCACGCAUGAAGCUUUUGAAUGCAGCAGCGUGUCUGGCUGACUUUAACGAGGACGAUGAUGACGAGCGACCGUCAAUGGAGUCCAAGCCGAUCACACCAGUGGCUCGAUUCAAACAGAAACGCGCUGAGAUGAAGCAUUUCCGUGCUGGAUUGGUGCGUCGCGUACAGCAAUCGGCCGUUCGUAUCGCCAUUCUGACGAACGAGGGCGAGCUGUGCAACGUCGGAUCGGGUAUUAUCAUUCACGAGGACGGUCUUAUCGCUACAGCGCGGCAUUGUCUGCAAGGAGAGCAGUUCGAUUGCAUCUACAGUGACGAGUAUAUGAUUUUGGUCGCACCCACUGAAUCUACGUCGCUGCCGCCGUUAUGGAAAUAUCAUGCACGUGUGAUCCCUGAGUGUUGCAACGAAGAACUGGACUACGCUCUGCUCCGCUUGGAUUGCGAGGUGAUCUCGGACCCGCCUAGUGGAUUGUACAUUGGAGACGUGACAGACCGAAUGAUCGCGCGUAACUGGACAGUGACGAAGCUGCAGGGCACGUCUCGGGAAACGAUUGGGAAACUACCGGCAGUACGGAUCGGUAAUUCAAACAACGUGGAGCCAGGCGACGAGAUGUGGAUGUUUGGUUAUCCUAGCAGUGGUCACAAUACCAUCACAGUACACCAUGCAAUCUGCUCCGGCACAGACUCUCAAGUGUAUGAGGGCGAGGAAGUCGACAAAGCGAUGCUCCGCACAGCAGCGCAGCUGGACAAUGGCUUCAGCGGUGGUGCUGCGGUGGAUAAGAAGGGCCAACUAGUGGGUUUGAUUUCCUUCAGUGUUCUGCGUCAAGACCGAGUGCGUGCCAUCAACAUGGUCAAGGGAGCCAUCGAGUACGCCAAGCGCGAGUACAACUUCUCAUGAGGUGCAGUGGGGAGCUUGUGCUGCUGUGAGGAAAAACAAGAAAAACAGUCGAACGCGAAGACUGCCCGUGUAGUUGUCGCAGAGCGUGAAUAGUGUCGUAGUAUUCAAGGUGGAAGGUGGUUAGUUUUUAAUGAAAAUUGCAGGCUAGCAGAGCUAGCAAAGGUCUUUCAUAACCAGGAUACGUCGUCGUCUGUCUCAACAUGGUUGCACUUCGC